UUCUCUGUCGCAACACACUGAUUUAUUAAGAUGCAAAAGGAGAGAAAAUCACUUGGCAGCAUUUGCCCGAACAAAAUGGGACCACUUUGCAGGAGAGCAAAGAAAAAGGGUAUGGUGUUGAUGCCGAGGAGCAGCAGUCCGGAGCCAGUGUUCGUCGACAAGAUGCAAUGCGUCGUAGAGCAAGCAUUUGCAACAAUUGCAUGGGAUGAUCUGGAUGAUUGCGCAUCUGUCCUGCACAUGGAGAGUGACUCUCUUGGCUCACAGGUGAACGAGUCCGAUGGAGAUGAGCAAUACUUUGGAGAGUAUGCGCUCGAUUUCAUGGCAGAGUCUCCUGGUACAUUGGAUAGCAGCCUAUCUCCGGUGGAGCUGGUCCCCUUCCAGGGCUGCAUCAUCCCCCCUCUCACCCCUCGACAAGACUCCCCUCCUCAGGACAGCCCCACAGCUGCCCCCCACUCCCCGGAGCUGGGCCACCACAGUGCCCAGGAUGGAGCUACCUGGAGGGGCAUGGCCAAGCACCAAGGCUGGCUCUUAGACCACUCUGCACAAGUCAACCAUCGGCUCCACGAGACUCUUCAUAGUAAACAGGAAGAGGUGGAGUCUCUGCAAGAGAGGAACGUUCACCUGAGAGAGCUGGCCAGCCGAGCCAAGCACCUGGCCUUAGUGCUGGAGAGGCUGAUGACAGUCAGUGGGCCCUAUAUACACGAGCCGGCGCUUCCUUCCUGUGACAAAAGCUCCAGCAGUCCCCACAAGAGGCGGCGUCUGAGCGAGGACGCAGACGGUGAAGGUGUGCCUUCGGGCUCGGUGGAGGACAUCCUGAGGGACAUGAGCACACGCUGCAACGCCGUCCUCCACGGCAGCGGCGCCGUUGGCCCCGGAGAGCCGCAGGCCUCCGACCGCGUGUGCAUGUACGGGGCCUUUGCAGGCCUGCAGACCUCCGUCGCCGAGGGCUCCGGAGGCGCCGGCGUGAGCACGGACGGAACCGACUCGGGCUGCGACUCGUCCUUCAGAACGUCCAUUCAGGACCACUGCACCAUAAAGACCCAGGUGUUUCCCCAUGGACAUGCUUUCACAUCAAGGACUCAGACCGGCGGAUAUCGUUUUCGCUGGGUACCCAACCAGAGCUGAGACUAGACAGUUUAAGCCAAGAUAUGGCAAGACAUCCAAAUGUAUCCAUUAUACGAGGUCGGGGCCUUAAGUGUAACGUAAGGCUGCAGAGAAAUGGAGCCAUGGCACGCGGAGAGAGUGGGUGGGCAACUACUUAUGGGGUUUCUAAUAAGCUGCCAUUAUUUCUGUAAAUGAUUCAACAAGCUCUUUCUGAGGUAGCCUGCUAAGCUAACAACUCAGAGCUGUCACUCAGCCAAGUAAAUAUUACUGCCUAAGCAUUUGUUUACAUUGUGUUCCUGCUUACAUACCUCACAUGUUGCAAUCCUUCAGGGCACACAUUUAACAACACUGACAAACAAUGGCGCACGCAACAAUGUCAUGAAUUUCUCACUCUGUAUUAUUUUA